AAAACAAAUUCGUUGAGCAAAUUGAGAGCAACAAGUUCACUAGUGAAUUGAUUGAGUUAGUUGAAGAUAAUGAAGAGUCACUUGAAAAUUAUAACGUAAUGUUUGAUAAUUUGAUUGAAAAAACCAAAAAGGCGCUU